CCAAACUCUGCCGAUUCGCUCUGGCCUCGGCUGCCAACAACUUCCACCUUCUCCACACUACUACUGUUGACCAGACAGUUUGGACGAAUCCACUCAUCGCUGACCGACCCAACGACUCCACUACUUCCCUCAGCGGCAGCCUACUAUCUAUCAAUCACCGAUAAUCAUGCCCUCCGACUCACUCGUCCAUGCCUCAAGCGGCGCUUUGGGUGGGAUUUGUGCCAUGGCUAUCACUUAUCCCCUCAUCAGUAUCUCAACCCGGGCUCAAGUCGAAGCUCGCAGACAUCCAGGGGAGAGCUCUCUCGAGGCGGCGCUUCAUCUCAUCAAACGGGAAGGGUUUCGGUCUCUCUAUGAUGGUCUAGGAUCUUCAUUAAUUGGAAUUGCUGUCACAAAUGGGAUUUACUACCUGUUCUUUGAAGAGUCCCGAGCAGUGUUACUGUUGCGAUCUUCAAACCAAACAAAGCGAGCCCUGUCGACAAUUGAAUCAAUGCUGGCCGGUGCCAUAGCAGGCACCAUGACCGCCGUCCUAACAAAUCCAAUUUGGGUCGUCAAUACUCGGCAAACCGUCAGAGUCGUUCGAGCAAACCCCGGCUUGCCUUCCACUGCUCGCUCCAAACGGAUGGGAUUCUUACAAACAGUACUUCACAUUCUCAGGACUGAUGGGGCCAUGGCCUUAUUCAGAGGACUCGGACCAGCUUUGAUUCUAGUGAUCAAUCCAAUCCUUCAGUACACGUUAUUUGAACAAAUGAAAAACAUCCUUAUCGCUCGGCGAAAACGAUUAUCUCGGAAUACUUCAGGAACUGCAACCGAAUACGUGCUCAAAGAUGCUGACCAUUUUAUUCUAGGAGCCAUCUCAAAAUUGUUUGCCACCGGCUCGACCUACCCCUAUUUAACGGUCAAGUCGAGAAUGCAAAGUGGUCAAGCGGAGGGUAAAGAAUAUCGCGAUACCUUCGACGGACUACGGAAGAUCGUAGCGAAAGAUGGCAUCAAAGGUCUCUACAGAGGGAUAGCUCCCAAGCUGACACAGUCCGUUUUGACAGCCGCAUUCUUAUUUCUGGCUAAGGAAAGGAUAUAUGUUGCAACCAAGAAAGCAUUGAAAACCGCAUCCCAAAUCACUCCGGUCUAGCUUUAAGGAAGAUCCAACCUCGCACAGAAUAGUCCCUCCAUUGAUUUCAAUUCUUGUUACUAUAACUUUCACCCAAGUCAAAAUACAAAAAUUUGUUGCACAUGUCUUCCCUUUUUCAGCCCUCUAAUUUCUCUUGAGAAGCUUUUGUUCAGUUCAAGCCCAUUGUAAACCACGCAAAACAUAUUGUAACAGUAAACUAUGGUUGUUGGAAUCAUCAGCACUUCAAAAUAGAGCAUCCAAUUUCAUUGUUUCAGGUAUUAUUAUAUUGUUGUCUCUUUUGACCUGGAGAUCAAACUCAUCAAUCAAUGGAAAGGAAGAGACAGGUCUAGAGGAGGGCAGGAAUAAACAAUGUGCCAACUUCUCUCUGGACUUU